AUGGCAACGGUCCAGCAACUUCAACAACAACAGCAACAGCCCACUACUACAACAUCAACUACAUCAAACGAUCAAUCAUCUAUACAACCGACAUCACUUCAACAACAACAAUAUGUUCAAUAUCAUCCAUUACAACAGAACAUCAACAUCAACAACUUAAAUCAUUCUUCCGAUAAUCUCCUCAGUCGAUCAUCAGACUCGAUCAAUAUUAAACUAAGCAAUAGCAGCAUUGGCAACAGCAACGAACAUUACUCCAAGACUUCAAAGACACCGCGACUAUCGACCAGCAGCCAACAGUUGCCAUCACACGACGACAUUGACUUUGACUGCAUCAAGCUGCAGCUGGAGCGCAAGCGCGUCUGUUUGGAGAAGAAGCUGAGCAUGUCGGCCAAGACCGUCGCCUGCUACGUCAACAACAUCAUGUCAUCAUUCUAUAGUCUGCGCCAGUGGCCGCUGAUACGCCAGACUCUUGUCGUGUUCCAGGUGUGCCUGCUGUGCUACCUGCUGUCCGGCGCCAUCAUCAAGUUCCAGAUGCUGGACAACAAGUCCACGCUGGUCGAUUUUUCAAACAACGAGUGCGCCAAAGGCGCAGCCAACGACGCAUGUCUCACCAAUCCCACGCAGCAAUUCGAUCGCGUACUCUUCUUCUACAACGACGGCCUGGCGCGCGACCUGGUCGAUGACCUGCUGUCCACAUUCAGCGACCACGCCAACACAUUCAGGAUCCAGAACGAGGGCUUCCCCGCGUCUUACGCCGUGUUCACGUCGUACAUGACCGGAGGUCCGCCCACCAACUUCAUGGGCGCGCCAAUCAUGGAGGACAACCUGUUGUACCAACUCACCAACUCGGGCAAGCAGAUGAAGUACGUCGGCACGAGAAUGCCUGCCUACGACGUCCUGGAGCAGGGCAACUACUUUGCCAGCGGCGUGACGCUUGAGUCGACGACCGAGUCGUCCAAGCUGUACCAGACGCUGUUCCAGUGCGAGCUCAACGACACCAAGCUGUGCGCCAACCAGUAUCUGAAUAGCGAGGCGACGGGACGCAAUACCAGCAUCUUCUUCUCGGGCGACAUUGUUGACGAGCGCAAUCACAUGACUGGCGACAAGUACGACCCGAUCACUCUGCAGAUCAUCAAGACUUGGAUCGAGGACAUGGGUCACAUCAAACAAUGGAUCGACGAUCAUCCCGAGUACUUGCUGCUGGUCUUUAGUGACCAUGGUGGCAAGCUCAAGUCCGAGACUGCGGCCCAUGGCCGCAACAAUGAUGGCAACGAAGCCUUCAUCAUGACCUAUAACCCACGCAUCCAGCCUCUACCAGCUGGAAAGCAAGAUAUAUUUAUUGACCAAGCUGGAGGAGUGUCACUGCCAGCGAUUAACAUUGGCAUGGUGAAGCCAACGACUUCGGACCCCCGCGAGGUCUACAAGCUGCUCAAGUUGAACGCCGACCAGUUCAACAGACUGGGCAAUCGUUGGAGAUACAGAAUGAACCAAGGCGACUACAAUCGCGCCAUCCAACUUGGUGCCAACGCAGACGCCAGCGAUGACGACCUUCAAGAGGGCAUCAGACUGUUCACCACAUACAUCAACGGCCUCAAGGUGCCCUUCCUCAACCUGAAGCGAUUCCCCAUGUUUGAGGUGGUCUUCUUCCCGAUCGCCAUUGGCAUUCUGAUCAUGGCGCUCAUGAAAAAGCAGUAUGGCACCUGGAAUCACUUCUACGACGAGGUCAAGAACAACUUUGCCUUGGUCAUCCUGCCAUACAUCGUCAUCUUUGGUCUCACUGCUUUGUUCUCUGGAUUCUGGGUGCUCUACUGGCACGACGACAACGAGUCCAUUCACGUCUAUGUCGCCAGCUUGCUGUGCGCCCUGGUGAUGUACUACUCGCCCAAUGCCUCUGUUAACAUCAAACGUGUUGCUGGCGCCAAGACCCCGGGUCCAAUCACAAUGGACACCUUCCCAGCCUUUGUAGAGACCGAGCCCAAUGUAAACAUCACCAAUGGACAGGACACCCCGCCCAUGGGCGGUGAGCGCGAGCAAUUGUUGCGCAGUGUCGAGCUCAAGGAGAAGGUAUUGGGAGGAUCCAAGUCAUCACUUCUGCGAUCAACAGGUUCAUUCGUCCUUGCGCCAGACAUCAGUCUCGAUCAUCCAGCAUCAGUAUCACUCUCAGUUCGCUCUCUCUCCGACUCUGACGAACUCGUCCAGAAGAACACCAACCUUGCCUAUGAGUACAAGCCAGCCGGUCAAUGGUUGAUCAAGUACGCCUUCUUCUCAUUCUCCAUGGCUGUCUGCCAGUACCUCCUCACAGUCCCCUUGGAAGAGCUCCUUUUAGUUCAUUUGUAUAAGGGAUCAUAUAUGUUGGCGGCAAUGGCCUUGACUUUGGAGCUGUACAUCCAGAGACGCAAGCUGGCAGCACACUUUGUACAUCGCAAGCCAAACACGCCAAGACCACGAGGCUUCAUGACUCCAUUGUACAUCAAGUUCACUGUGUACUACCUCAUUCUUCUUGGCAUCUAUAUCUAUGAUCGAUCAUGGCGCACCAGUCAAGUGAUGAUGCCCAAGCUGGCAUUUGUAAUCUAUCUCAUCCUGGGCCUGCAUUCAUUCAUUCUGAUGUUCUGUCCACGUUACCUCCAAGCCGACAUCUUCUUGCCGCUGUCUAUGAUGCUGUUCUUCCUGUCCAACGACAAGGAGCGCUUCUAUUUGGUUCUGUUCGUCAUCCCCCAGUUCUACUGCAUCAGCAACAUCUUCUACUUCAAGCUGUUCAACAUGGUCCGCCCCAUCCUGCAGGCCUACCAACGCUGUCAGAGCGGCUACUAUGGCAACAAGAAGAGCAGCAGCCACAACAUCUACAUGCUGAGUCUUCAAGACUUCAACUUCUUUGCCGGCAUCACCGACCACUUCCUGCCCUUUGUCGUGCUGCUGUUGGCCAGCAUUGCCCUGUCGUGCUACAAGUCCAUGAAGAUGAAUUUCCAGAUUGGCGAUGUUGCCAUCUAUGUGCCAGGUGUCUACGAUCCACCCUCGAUGCCAGUCUUCUCUGGCUUUAUCAUGGGUUUCCACAAGCUCGGAUACUUCUUCCUCCUCGGUGCCUUCCUCAUCAAGUUUGCCAACCCAUGUCCACCAGCACUCUUUGUCCGCAAGUGGUUCAACAAAAGAUUCACAUUUGGAUUCAAGAUCAAGAGCAACAGGGACUAUGAUAGGAUUGUGGAGAGCCUUGGCAUCCAGGUAUGGGGCUUCCUCAUGUUGGUGUUGCUGUGCUCAUUGUUCUUCUUCCAUCUUGGAUACUACAACUUCAUGGUGACUAAGGCCUUUGUAUUCACAGUGACCAUUAGUGUAUUUGUUAUAUUCUAUGGAGUGUCAUUGAUGACAUCAAACAUUGGCAUGCUACUAUACAACCUAUUCCAAGUGUUCAUCACCAAGAAGUCCAACGAGAUGUACUCCUCCAAUCUGCCUUACUUCUGUUUGCCACCAAAGCUUAAGUAA